AUGGGCUCUGGCCGGACGCUGAAGUUAGCGGUGUGCGAGGCGCUUCAGUUCGCCGGUCUCUGCGUGCCGCUUUUCGUGGUCAUGCAGCGCUUUGCCACCAUCGUGGCCAAGGUUCAAGGCGGGGGCGCCAUUGGCGGGGUCUACUGGCUCAUCGUGGCCUUGUCGGUAGCCUACGUGACAUCGAUUGCUCUCCUAAUUUGGGUCCCUUUAAAGUAUUUAGUGUUUGCUAAGAAGAGUUUUCUGGUCGGGAGGAAGAAGUGGAGGCCCGUCGCCCUUGUUUUUGUGAUCCUCUCCACAAUGCCGUGCUUCGCUUUCCUCAUCGCUAGCUCCGAGAUCCAGAUCCACAACAAACUCCGUCACGACACGUUCGCCGAGUUGCCCGUGUCGCUUAUCCUUUUCUCUCUUAUCUGCAUGGACGUGGUGGAAAGGAUACGCCACUGCAGGUUGACGGGACAGGAUAACGUGAUGUCAAGAGAUCCUGACAUCCCUUCUUCGGUGUUGACACACGUGGAGCAGGUCACCCCCCUCACUCCUGUUGUUCCAGGAUCUAGAAUAGCCGGUCCGGGCAUACCUGGGCAAGUUAUGGGUUCCCCCGCAGUGGGGACAACAGGUCACCGAGUGGUUGACAGAACCCAUAGUGGUCCCAACCUUAGACUGGAACCCAAUGGCAAUGUUUCGAGAAUACCCGGAAAUGUCGGAAGAGAAUUUAUCAUCUCUGAAGCAGCUACCCGUGCGGCGCACCCGCACUCCGGCCCACUCCGGUUCCUGUGGGCUAGCGACGCCCGUGCCGACGUUAUCGUAGAUGGCUUCAUGUUCUGGAUGGACACGGCGGAAAUGACACGAGUGGCGUCCCAUCCACUAGUCUGCUACUCGGGCUGGGUGUGCCCCAUUUACGUCUUCUGCUGCCUGUCCUUACUCCGGGUGGCGGUUGCGCCUCACGACCCGUUGCUGUCCUCGCUGGGGGUCAUCCUCCAGGAUCUUCCCUUCCUUUUCGUGCGAGUCGGUUUGCUAGCUUUCUUCGGUUUGGUCACGCCACUGCUCUACUUGCUCAAGAAUCUGCUGGUGUGCUUGGCUUUCAUCUACUUUAACUUCAUGACCAAGCUUAGGAUCUUCAAUACACAGAGGAUGUACUUGUAA